CACUUAUGUCAAAUUGUAUUUGUGUGGCCAGAGGGAGAACAGAUCUUGUGUCAAAACGCAAUCAAAGAGCCUGAGCAAGAUUGGUGGAAGAAAAUGGCAGAAAGACAAAUGCCAAACCUAUAUUCCGUGUUUGAUGGUCCUUGCAGUUGCCCAUCUUGCUGGAAUGAUGAAACAGAAAUGCCUGAACUAGAAUUUGAAUCUGGAAAUGAGGAAUCACUUGAACGGAUGAUGUACGAAGCAGUUGGGAAUUCUCUAAGCCCUACGAUCCCUACCAGGAACUCUGAACUAGAACAAUUAAACUGUGUUGCCGGACCAAGUUCAUUACCCAGUUCAGAAGAGCCCGUGGACGUGAAUACGGAGUCUGUUCAUGCUGAUGACUCACUUCAAAUAUUGGAGGAUGAACAGACUAUACGGGAAAUUUGGGUUGUGGGACAUUCAUAUAUACAUUGGGCCGAGAAGAAGGCAUUACAGAUGGGGAUGGAAAAUUUGGGGUGUGAUCCCAGUCAGAUAAAAGUAUCCUGGGGUGGUAUUAGGGGAAUGCGCUGGAGGGCCUUGAAGCCAUUCUUAGGGGAAGCGGCUGAUCAUUGUCCUACUCCUUUUGGCAUUAUCAUCCACUUAGGUGGUAAUGACGUAGGGAGAAAAAGUAAUUUGGGAUUGAUUUCCUGGAUAAAAGAGGAUUUAAGGUGGCUUUCAGAGUAUUAUCCUGACACUAUUCUGAUAUUUUCUUCCAUUGUUCUCCGACCCUGUUGGAGCCAGGGAGCAAAGUGGAGGGGAAGGAGAAUAAAUAAUGUCUUACAGAGAUUUCUAUGGAGAGAAAAGGGAUGUAUGUACCAUAAUUAUUCUUUGGAAGGAGAACAGCUUGAUCUCUUCCGAGAUGAUGGGGUUCACCUGAGUAAUGAAGGGAAUUGCAUUUUUGUAUCUAAUUUAAGACAGAUGGUGGAGUUGUGUCUGAUAAAAGGAGGCAUGUGAAUUUUAGUUAGAGUGUGCAAUGGCUA